UUACUCAGUGCAACGUCUUGGGAACUCCCAGUGACGGACCUGAUAAUCCUUCGGCAGCCCUAGCUGUUGCUAGAAUCAACGAGACUCGAUCCGUUGAGAUUUGGAUCACUGUCCCAAUCACCACCCAUCCGAAUGCUGGAGAUUCAGUCGCCGAAGCUAGAGACGACAAAUCAUUCCGUGACAGUCCCGAUGAGAGUGGCCACUGCCUCGAGGAAUGCGCCGUUACCGUCAAAGAUGAGACUCGUUUGGAGUCAGCUCAUACAAUAUCAAUCAAGGAUGAGGAGCGUUUGGGGUCAAUUCAUAUGAUACCAAUCAAGGACGAGAGCGUUUGGAGUCAGCUCAUACGAUGCCAAUCAAGGAUGAGGAGCGUUUGGAGUCAAUUCAUACGAUACCAAUCAAGCACGAGAAACGUUUGGAGUUAGCUCAUACGACACCAGCCUACCAAAAGAUACCGCCCAUUCGCUGCUCGAUAUGCCAGAGUAUCGGACACGACAAGGACCGGUGCCGCCGCGCAAAUAUCACCUGCCAUGCUUGCGGUGAAAAAGGACACUUCCAUUAUCGGUGCCCUACAAACAUCGUCUGCUAUAUGUGUGGUGGAAAAGGACACAGUGGCAUAUAUUGCAAGAAACCUCCCGAGCUAUGUGAGAACUGUCAGCAACGUGGUCACACGCUCAAAAAAUGCAAAUUCUGUGUCUAUUGCAACGCAGAGGGCCAUGCCACCAAGACAUGUAUGAGCCAGGUCAUUUGUCGGUUAUGCAAGGGAGCAGGCCAUAGGGAACUGAAAUGCCCAACUCAGCCAUGUAUAAUGUGCAACAAGACUGGCCAUCAAGAGUUGAAGUGUCCUGAGCGUUUCGUUGGCGGCGAUCCGGGAAUCAUGCGGGUUCCCCACCUCAUGGGCAUGGGUUUUCGGGCAAGGCUACGCAAACAGCAAAAGAAGGCCACAAUUAAUUCAACUGCUAAUUCGGCGCGCCAAAAGUUGAUCGAUGAAAUAAUCCAGAAGGUCUACCCAGAGACACUACCCCGAGAGCCCCGAGCCGAAGGUCUGACAUCGGAAAACAACCAUGACGAUGAGGCAAUUGAUACAGAUGAUGAACACUAAUUAUUAUGGCGUUGCGACACGAAUCGAGAUUUCACGGCUUGUCUCGAUAUGGACGGGUGUUUGCCGGAUUCCAGGAGUUACUGCAGGUGGCCGCCGACGCCCGUCAUUAGAUCUUUGAGCUGCAGAUAACUAGAUUGGGUCCAUAG